AUGGCUUCCCUUUUCAACGGCGGCAGUGUCUCUCCAUUAACCCUAACAUUGUUUUCUUCUGGCAGCGGCAGCGGCAGCGGCGAGUCUCUUCCAUUCGACCUGAUUGUAGAAAUCUUGUAUAGACUACCCGUGAAACUGCUACUUCAACUCCGAUGUGUAUGCAAAUCAUGGAAUUUCAUAAUCUCUGAUCCCAAAUUCGCUAGAAAACACCUUACUCAUUCCACCACUCUUGGCCUCCACUUAUUAUCCUGCUUCAAACCCCCACACAAAUGUAGUCUCAAGCCUUAUCUACUGCACGCUGUUAUCCCUAAUGUCACCACUAACUUCACGCGAACUGUGUAUCCUCACAACAAUUUCAAUGGAUAUUAUUAUAUUCUCACCGGUUUAAAUUGCUUCGUAGGCUCUUGUCACGGUCUUCUCUGUCUUUCCAACCAUUUUGGAGGUUUGGUUAUAAUCUGGAACCCUUCCAUUCGAAAAAUCAAUGAAUUACCUCUUAUUCAAAUGCCAAAAACCUCUGGUGCCAUUCGAGUAGAAUAUAGCUUCGGCUUUGGCUAUGAUCAUGUGAAUGAUGAUUACAAGGUGGUGGUUCUUUUAAGUUCUAUUUUAUUUGAUAAUAAUUAUUAUAUGGGUAUAUAUGUAGAGAAAACUCAAGUCAAGGUUCAUACUUUGGGAACUGAUUAUUGGAAAAGCAUUCCUGAUUUUCCUUUUGGAGGUAUUCUUGUUAGAGAUUCCGGACAAUUUGUGAGUGGCACCAUUAAUUGGUUGGCCUAUGAUAAAAAUUCCAAUUGGGAAGGUCAUUCUUUUAUUAUUUCUUUUGAUUUGAAGAAAGAGUGUUUUCGACAGAUUUUGCAGCCAGAUUAUGAAGACAUAAGAGCGAGUGCUAGACAGUUGGGUGUCUGGAAGGAUUGCAUGUGGGUAGUUUCUGGUCGUGAUGUUUGGCUUAUGAAAGAAUACGGAAAUAAAGAAUCUUGGACAAAAUUGUUCACUAUUUCCUGUGACUUUUGGAAAGUAAAAAAUAUUUUGGAGGAUGACCAAGUGCUGCUGGAAUCUAACGAGAAGAUGAGUGUCUACAAUUUCAAGAACCAUACUUUUAAGUUUACUAAAUUUGGAAGGUGUCAAGAAGAAAUAUGUGUUGAGAGUUUGAUAUCACCAUUUCCACCGUGA